AAAAUUGGUGAAUUUCCAUCUCAAAACAAUCGUUAUGCACAUCUAUUAUACUCCGCUAGAGAAAUUGUUCAACAGGAAACAACCGAGAUGAGAGUAACCAGGGGAAAAAUUAUUGUUGAAUUUGCCAAUAUUGAACCAACAGAAUCAACAAAUUCAAAAUAUCGUACUUCUCUAUUACCAGAGGUUAAAGAGUUUGCCUUGGUGCACAGAAGCAAUAACAGCAGAAAGUACUUAACUUUCAGUACGUAG